GCCCGCUCAACCCCGCUGGAAUUUCCACGUUUUCAGGAAUUCCCGCUGGAGUUUCGCCACCCCGAGGAGGGAGUCAGCUUCCACAGGGUCUCUGCUACGUGGGGAUUUCGCAGAUCUGCUUGGAUAUUGACGGGGACGUGCGUGAUCGCCAGGAAUUCGGGAGUGACGGUUUCGGAGGGUUAGCCCACAAGGAAAGCAAAGUUGGGUGGGUGGGCGCAACCGAUAUCCUGGAAGUAAAUACACGCGAUCGGCGAAGUGACUUCCUGUACUAGUGGCCCCGAUCGGCUGUGUCACUGUCCUCUGCAGAUAACCGGAGGGUUGACACUGCUCCAAGGCCGCUUUCAGCAGAAUUUCACCACACCAGCGGUCACGAACGAACGCGCUGUGCGCCCUCCCACUGUGCGAGGGGAGGUCCUGAAAGAAGUCCAGUCCGGCAAAACAACUACAUCGCCUGCUUUGGCUACGUGGAACCAUUCGGCGACCCCGCGGCCUCGCUAUUUCUGGUCCCGAUUGUUUGGAGAAGGAUUCAUGACUCCCCCGAAGGGCCAGAGGACGCUCUCCUGACACCUAUACCCGCCUGGAAGACCGCUUUUGCGCCGUCUGGGUUUCUAUCACUUCCGCGUGCCAUUGGAAAAUUCGAGACACCGGAAAAGCACGAUCGGACAGAAUGGAUGAUAUCUUUACACAGUGCCGGGAGGGUAACGCCAUGUACGUGCGUGUGUGGCUCGACAACACCGAACACGAUCCAAACCAAGGGGAUGACCACGGCUUCAGCCCGCUGCACUGGGCGGCCAGGGAGGGCAGGUUGAACAUUGUGGAGCUGCUGAUUGGUCGAGGAGCCCGCAUCAACGCCUGUAACAUGGGGGACGACACGGCUCUUCAUCUUGCAGCCAGCCACGGGCACAGGGACGUCGUGCUCAAGCUGCUGCAACACAAGGCUGACAUCAAUGCAAUGAAUGAACAUGGCAACACACCUCUGCACUACGCCUGCUUCUGGUCACAGGACAUCAUUGCAGAGGACUUGGUUACGAACGGUGCGCUGGUUGGUGUGUGCAACAAGUACGGGGAGACACCUGUGGACAAGGCCAAGCCACAUUUGGCCAAGCUCGUCAAAGAGAGGGCGUCGGCUUUGGGCCAGGAAACUGGAAAAGUGCCUUACAAAGAAAACAUUUGGAGAGGAACAAAGACAAGAAGUAGAAAUGGAACUCUCUCCAGGCACUCCGGUAUUGACAUCAAGCAGCUCAACCUACAGGUCAAAAUGAACACAAACGCUUCAGGAGAGCUCUGGAAGGGCAUGUGGCAGGGCAAUGAGAUAGUUGCCAAGAUCCUGAAGGUGAGAGAUAUCAACGCAAGAAAAGCCAGGGACUUUUCUGAAGAGUAUCCAAGACUAAGGAUUUUCUCCCACCCCAACGUGCUUCCUGUCCUGGGUGCCUGUAACCAGCCGCCACACCUCGUAGUUAUCAACCAGUUCAUGCCGUACGGUUCGCUCUUCAACAUCCUGCACGAGGGCCAUGGUAUUGUGGUUGACCAGGCGCAGGCGUUCAAGUUUGCGCUGGACGUGGCACGAGGGAUGGCCUUCCUCCACUCCCUGGAGCCCAUGGUACCCAGACUGUACCUCAACAGUAAACACAUCAUGAUUGACGAGGAUUUGACAGCAAGAAUCAACAUGGCCGAUGUCAAAUUCUCCUUCCAGAAUCCCGGCAAGCUCUUCAACCCAGCGUGGUUUGCACCAGAGAUCCUGCAGAAGAAGGAGAAUGAGAUCAACAAGCGCGCUGCGGACAUGUGGAGUUUCGCCAUGCUGAUGUGGGAACUCCUCACCAGGGAGGUGCCUUUCGCUGACCUGUCACCGAUGGAGGCUGGCAUGAAGAUCGCUCUGGAAGGCCUGCGCCCGACCAUCCCACCCGGAGCCUCCCAACACGCCUGCAGGCUCAUCAAGAUCUGUCUAAACGAGGACCCGGCCAAGCGGCCGACCUUCGACAUGAUUAUACCCAUCUUAGAAAAGAUGCAGGAGAAAUCUGAAUAAGUCUCAUCUUUCAUGACGUCUUUAAUAUUAUCUGUUCAUAUCUUAGAUAGAUUUUUAAAGUUGCAACAUUUGGGCAAACAAGGGCAGAAGUGAGGUCUUUGUUCUAAUAAUUAUACUUAAACAUUAUUAUUAUGGUAUACUUAAGGGGACUUUAGCCAUGCAUACUAUUGGUACUUACAACGUAUUCUCAUAAAAUAGGGUUAUUCUUAAGGUAUGGCAUUCAUGAGUAUGUGCUGUAAUUAUGUAACAAGGGAAGUUGUGUGGGUCUUGGUGUCUGGUAAUGCUACAAGACAAUCAACAAGGUCAGCACAGACAAGCUUAGAGGAUGCCACUUGCUUGGUAUGUACAUGUAUUAUGUUGUAUUUUAAUAUUGAUAACUUAGUGUUAAUAACGUCAAGCUUUGAGUGAGAAAGGACAUGCACGUAUUUCCCUGGCACUUAAAACAACUAAUCUGCAAUAUUUCUUAGUAUAUUGUAUUUGUUAUCUGAUCAAAGUGAGCUGAUGAGAAUGAAUGUCGAUGAUUUAGUUUUCCUUGUAUCAUAUAUAAUGAGUAUUAUUUUUAAUUGUAUUGAGUGAUUGGUAACUGAUUUUUGAGCCUGCAUGUGUUGAGAUGACCCCUAUUUGUGUUCAGUUAGGGAAGCCACAAUGAAAAUCAGACUUCAUGAAAUAGCCACAUUUGAAGAAUGAUAGUUUUUUUUUUACCUAUAAACAUGUAGCAGAUACAUUUUGUACUCGCGAGAGAAAUGAAAAGAACCCAAAAAAAAUGCCAUGUAUGAAUUCUUUGAUUUCAUCCAUCGUAAUGAUUCUUAGAGAAUGCUCUAAAUCAUCUAAAUGUGGUUGUCUUGAAUUAAUUUGCUCAUUUCACAUUAAUGACGUUAAAAGGUAUGAGGAUGGUAGCAGGGGGUGUUUCAGGUAUAAAGGCCAUAGAACAGUCAUGAGUGAAAAAAUCUC